AUGGCAGAACCAAGAUGGUAUUACACAAGAGAAGAGAUAGAAAAAAACUCUCCAUCGAGACUCGAUGGUAUGAACUUCAAGGACGAGACAAUCCAUCGUUGGUGUUACACUUCAUUCCUUCAAGAUCUUGGCCACAGACUAAACCAUCCUCAGAAGUCUAUAGCCACAGCGAUUGUCUUGUGCCAAAGGUUCUUCACUCGUCAGUCAAUAGCAAAGAAUGAUCCCAGAAUGGUCGCCACCAUAUGCAUGUUCCUCGCUGGCAAGGUCGAAGGGUCUCCAAGACCGGCCGGUGACGUUCUUUUUUUCUCUCACAGGCUUUUAUUCAAUAAAGAUCCGUUGAUCGAUGCCAAGUUCGAGAGAUUGAAGGCUACUGUCUUCACGGGUGAGAAGCUUGUGAUGGCUACUUUGGGGUUUGAUCUUGAUAUCGAACAUCCUUAUAAGCUAGUUAUGGAUUGGGUUAAGAGAUGUGUUAAGGCUGAGGAUUUUAGACGGGUAGGUCAGGCUGCUUUGAACUUUGUUAAUAACAUGUUAAGGACGUCGCUUUGUCUUCAAUUCGGGCCUAGUCAGCUCGGUGCGGGUGCUAUAUAUCUCGGGUUAAGCUUGUGUAAGAUAAAGUACUUACCUUGUGAUGGAGAUAAAGCUUGGUGGGUAGAGUUUGGUAUUAGUAAACGACAAUUGAAGGAAAUUUGCGACCAGACGCUUGAUCUUUAUGUUCAAGACUUUGUCGUUCCGGCCGGAGCAAGAGGUGAAUUUAAACAAAUCAAGAUUGAUGAGACAAAGUCUUGUCCUCAGGGUCUUCAAGGUCGUCAAGAUGGUAAGGGAAUCUUGUCGAACGUAGUCAAGAAUUAAUGUUGACAGAGAUGAUUUUGUACCUUUAUUGGAAUGUUUAAAUAUAGAUUAGAGUAUCUAAAACAAAGCUAAGGACAAGGGCUUGUGAGCAUUUGUUAUUGUUUAGAUGGUACAUUGGAAUGUUGAAAUAGUCUUUGUCACAGUUUAUUUUCAU